AUGGAUUUUAGAUGCCCCAUUUGUGUUUCCAUCAUUUGCUUUCUAUUUCAUUUCUUCUCGUUUGUGUCUGGAGAUGUAGUUGCCGCACCUCCACCAUUUACUAUUAAUCAAACUUCUCUCUUGCAAUAUUUGGGGAAUAUCACCAUUGAUUUACUAGCUCUCUAUGCGUUUGGGGACUCUUUUAUCGAUCCUGGAAACAAUAAUUUUUUGAAUACAUCUCUUAAGUCAAAUUUUACUUCAUAUGGAAUAGAUUUUGAUGGAAAGCCUAAUGGUCGUGCCACUAAUGGAAGAACCGUAGUCGACUUCAUUGAUUUUUUUUCAUACAUGCUGUUCACAAUGAGUUGUACCACCAAUAAUGUAGCUCAAGUAGCCGGCUUGCCAUUCCCUCCUUCAGCCCUGGACAUACCGGAGGGGCACGUCUUAAGCUUGGACGAACAAAUAGCAUUGUUCGAGAAUACAACAGAAGACUUGAAAGGUCAAUUGAGCAACGCAGAAAGCUUUGCUCAACACAUGUCAAAAUCACUAUUCUUUUUCCACAUCGGCAGCAAUGACCUUGGCUUAUAUUGGGACUUCGAAAGACAUUCCAACUAUCCUGCAGAUAAUUAUUCUCAACUUCUCAUCUAUGAGUUAUCCACCCGAUUGCAGAAAUUUUAUCAACUUGGAGCACGCAAGUUUUUUGUGAACAAUGUGUCGCCAAUCGGGUGCCAACCAUGUAACAUAGUUGUGUUAAAGCCUAAGACGACACAAUGUGACGAGGAAAGGAACACCAGAAUAUUGAACUUUACCAAGCAAAUUCCUCCUUUGUUAUCACAUUUGCAAUCCACCCUUCCAGGAUCUAAGUUUGUUUUGGGAGAUCUUUAUAAGUUUUACGAAGACGUGUUUGCAUCACCUGCUUCACAUGGUAAGGUCUUUAUGUUGUCAAGUUCUUUGUGUAUGCACGAGGUUUUACAGAUAAAAAAAGCUUGUUGCAUUGAUCAAUUUAGAAAUCAAACCAGACCAUGUGCUCCAAACUUAGAACCAUGCAAGGAAAGAAAUCAACAUGCAUACUUUGAUGCACACCAUCCCAGUGAAAGCAUGCAUUUUGUAAUUGCAAGGCGCUUUCUGAAGGAUUCGUCGGUUUCUUCUCCGAUCAAUUUGCUUCAGUUAAUCCAAUGGGUCAUGACUUUUGUCAGCUAUGGAAUCUUUACUAAUCAAAGGAUCAUCAAAAUAUCAACAUCCAUAGGAAGGAAUUAUCAUGUUUUGGCUGUUUAG